AUGGCUUCUGCAAGGUACCCAUCCUCGCUGGGGCGCGGCGCGUCGAGCCAGUGGGUGGCGCGCAGGCCGGCGUCCCGACGCCGCGCAUUGGCCGCCGCUCAGCGCUCCUCCUCCGGCCCGGUUGGCUGGGAAGGGGGAGGCGGCCGGGCGAGCGGCGGGCUCGUGGGAGUGCGCGCGGGGCGGCGUGUGCGGAGCGCAAACACUUUGCAGGGAAAAGUGGAGCCGGCCGGGGUAGAUGCUGCCGCCGCCGCCGCCGCUGCCGUUGCCGUUGCCGCCGUGGAUCCCAGCGCCCGGGGCGGACUAGAGAGCAUGGCCGUGUCUUCGCCCCCGAUCAUUCCGGCAACUUCGAGCAGCGGUGGCGGCGGCGGCGGCGGCGGCAGUAGUAGCAGCGGCGCGGGCAGCAGCCCCGGCAGCUCGGGAGGCUUGUUCCGCGCGGAUCCCCCCCUCUACCCGUCCAGCCCGUCCGAGUCGCCCCGGCUGAGCAGCAGCCUCAUCCACGGCUUCAUCGCCGGCGCUGGCGGCGGGAAUCUGGGCGGCGGGGCCGGAGCAGCAGGCGGCGGCGGCGGCGGCGGCGGCGGCGGCAACGAGUGCAAGAUGGUCGACCUGCACGGGGUGAAGGUGGCCUCGUUCCUGGUGGAAGGGCAGGAGCUGAUCUGCCUGCCGCAGGUCUUCGACCUCUUCCUCAAGCACCUGGUCGGCGGGCUGCACACCGUCUACACCAAGCUCAAGCGCCUCGACAUCGCGCCCGUGGUGUGCACCGUGGAGCAGGUGCGCAUCUUGCGCGGGCUGGGCGCCAUCCAGCCCGGCGUCAAUCGCUGCAAACUCAUCACGCGGAAGGACUUUGAAACUUUGUACAACGACUGCACCAACGCCAGUUCACGACCGGGGAGACCCCCCAAGCGCUCCCUGGGGGUCGCGAUACAAGAGAACACGCGCCUUCUACCCCACGGAGUGCCUGGCCUCUUAGCACCGGGACUUAUCUCCCCAACAGAUAUAAGAACUUUGUUUUUCCCUGAUGAAACCCACAUAAAGUUUGCAGAGCUCAAGACACUUCAAAUACAAGGUCUAACGGCAGCUGCCAUGGCCGAAGCGAUGAAACUGCAGAAGAUGAAGCUUAUGGCCAUGAAUAGCCUCCAUGGAAGUGGGAGUCAGAAUGGGACCGAAUCGGAGAAUGAGGAGCUCAAUUCCAAUGCAGGUGGAAGCGAAUCCUCGUGGGAUAAAGAGAAACUCCAGUCUCCCAUCACGACGGGAUCUCAUCACGGAGUCAGCCAUGCGACGCUGUCAGGGCAGCCGAACUUGGGAAGCGCUCAUCCCCUCAGCCCUCUGCAGCAAAACCAUCUACUCACAAAUAGGAUAGAUCUACCGUUUAUGAUGAUGCCUCACCCUCUUCUUCCCGUUGGCCUACCUCCUGCUUCCGUGGCAAUGGCUAUGAAUCAAAUGAACCACCUCAACACUAUCGCUAACAUGGCGGCUGCAGCGCAGAUGCAUAGCCCUCUUUCAAGAGCAGGAGCUUCAGUCAUAAAGGAGAGGAUUCAAGACAGCCCUUCACCUUCCCCGUCCGUGGAAGAGAGUCAACGUCCCGGGAGUCACGCCUCUUCACAUCAGAGCAGCAGCGUUUCGAGUUCUCCAUCCCAACUUGACAACACACCAGAUAGAAUCGGUAUGUUAUCAAAUAUUAGAGACGGUGAACCUGUGGACCACGAGACUGGGCCAAAUCCCAAAAAACUCCUAAAAGAAAAAGAAGAGGUCCAGAUCGCCAUCCCAAUCAUGAAGCCAACCCUAGAAAAGGUCCAACUGGCUGGACAGUCCUUGCCCCCUGGUUUCCCUGCACCUUUUCUCUUUGCAGAUGGAUUGUCAUCAGUAGAAACUCUAUUAACCAAUAUACAGGGCUUGCUGAAAGUCGCCGUGGAUAACACCCGGGUGCAGGAAAAACAGAUUCAGCAGGAGAAGAAGGAGCUGAAGAUGGAACUGUGCAGGGAGAGAGAACUCAGAGAGAGCCUGGAAAAGCAACUCACUGUUGAGCUUCAAAGCAGAGCAACAAUUCAAAAGCGUUUGAAGAAAGAGAAGAAAGCCAAGAGGAAAUUGCAAGAAGCUCUUGAGUUUGAAUCGAAGAGGCGAGAACAAGUGGAGCAGGCGCUUAAGCAGGCUACGUCAGGCGAUGGUCUCAGGAUGCUAAAUGAUGCUGGAAUUCCAGACAUGGAAGUUGAACACAACGGAACCCAACAUGACAGUGCGGCAAUGCAAGAAAACAGAACAUACAUCAAACCUUCCAUUAUGUACUGAAGACACUUAAUAUGGAGUCGGGGGUUGGGGAAAACGUAACGAUCACUUUUCAAGGAUGACAUAGCUCAUGAAAGAAGUCCCUUCUAACCUUUGAUGCCUUCAGUGCUGUGUGAAGAACAGGAUUGGUAGCAUUGAAACGUGGACAAUCUCCAGCGAUGGGCCGUUCCUGCAUUGAAGACUGCCGCCAUUUUGCUGAGACUUCUUACCAGCUUGCCGUACCAAACCACACCGGUGGCAGCAGAUCAUUCUAGGUCCCAGAGGAUAGAGAGAGAGAAGGGGGUGAAAAGGGGUUUUAGUAUUUUUAAGCACAUACCGGAAUUGUUCCCCGAAAGAACUAACUUCCUCACCACCACCCAAGGAGUUAGCUAUUACUGUAUAACAAUGGCACAACGAAUUUAAUAAGCCGCAAAUCUCUCACUGGCUGUAUGUCCUACACGUCCAGUUUUACCCCUGAAACAGUUCAACACAGAGCUGUUUCAAUUGUGUUUAUAAAUUUAAGCUUUGUUUACUGAAGCUGAAACUCAAUAUAUAUUACGUUUUGAAGAGAAAAGUAUGUACAUUUUUUAAUAUGACGAUGUAAAAAUUGUCCUUCCUUAGAUGACCGAUUGAAGAGUGCGAACUCAACCCACUCACCCACCCACCCCAAUAGCCGGCAUAAUAAGGGGAUUAUAAAUUGAUACAAUUUUUUGUUUUGUUUUUGUUUUUUGGUUAAUUUUUUUAGUUCUGUUUGGCUUUUGGUCUUUUAAAACAAAGCGGAGGGAAGGAUGAAUAUACGGUAGAAUGUUAGAUAAUGGAAACUUUAAAGUAUAGUUUCUCUGUUGUACCAUAUUAAGUUAAAAGUACACAUUCUUUGUUAAAAUGUU